CUCCUGCUUUUGAACACUUGUGUAUUAAAACAGUAUUUCAAGACAAGACAGAAGCGUCGUACAACUUAAUCAAAACAUAGUUGAUGAUAACACGGCUGUCGUCCAGGGAAACGCUAUUACAACUGUAAGCAAGUUGGAUAUGACGCGGUCCAGCAGCGCGUAAAGCGUGCGUAAUUGAUCCCAAACUUUUCGUAGUCGUUCCUGUAAAACGCCAAAAAGAUCGUAAGCAUUUACGAUGAACUCCACUGGCAUUUUUUGCGAUUCUGAACUCACGAACUCAUCAAACUCCUCGUGCGUAAACCGAACCGUGCCGUCAUACAGCGUGAUUGACAUCGCGUCUUUCAUGCACAUCUUCCCAACCGUUUACGGCAUCCUGUGUUCAGUGGGAGCGCUGGCCAACGGGUUGGUUAUCUAUGCUGUGGCAUCAUGUAAGAAGAAGAUGGUCUCCGACAUUUACGUGCUCAACUUGGCCAUCGCUGAUCUGCUUUUCUUGUUGGUGAUGCCCUUUAACAUCCAUCAGCUGGUCAGGGACAGACAGUGGGUCUUUGGGCACUUCAUGUGCAAAGCUGUGGUUGUGGUGGACGUCAGUAACCAGUUUACCACAGUGGGGAUAGUAACUGUCCUCUGCAUUGACAGGUACGUUGCCAUUGUACAUCCCACAUCAGAGAAGAGGACCAUUCAAUGGACCAUCAUCAUCAACAUUAUGGUGUGGGUGGGCAGUUUUCUUUUAAGCAUUCCUGUCAUGAUUUACGCCACAGUGGUCUCCACACAGCACAUGCACAUGUGUAUGAUUAACUUGGAUGGGCCAAGCGAUAUGUAUUGGUACACACUGUAUCAGUCCACGCUAGGUUUCAUCGUCCCUCUCAUUAUCAUCAGCACAUUUUACACUCUGACGUUGUACCACGUCUUUCGCUCCAUCCGACGUGUCAAACGCAAGCAGUCCGUGUGGGCCAAACGUGCCACUAAGACGGUCGUGAUGGUCAUCGCUCUGUUCCUAGUCUGCUGGUCUCCUUACCACGUCAUUCAGGUCAUCAAUCUCAGCAUCCAGCAGCCCACCAGCGCCUUCGUCUAUGCGUAUAACAUAAGCAUCUGUUUGAGUUACUCGCACAGCUGCAUCAAUCCUCUCAUGCUGCUCGUCUUCGCCCAGAACUACCGUGACCGACUCUGCCGUCGCAAAGAGCUGAUCACCGCCUCCAAGACCACCGCCGGAUCGAGCGUCAGCCCGGACACAAGUCAUCGGUGUACCGCUAUCUAACACGCGCUCCAGCCCGACUGAGGAGAAGGAAACAUUGCACUACUCGAAAGUUUCUCAAAGAUGAAAAACUGGAAAAAGAAACCACAGAGCUUUCCGGAGGAAUGAAAGUGUAGUGGUAAAGAUCACUGGACAACUGACUUGUUGCUUUAUUUGAUGUAAACUAGUGAUCUGUUGAUAAAAAACAACAAAAAGUUUUGUUUUUGUUGUUGUGAAAUGUUCAAGACCAGAUGAGAGAAUCUUCUGACUUAUCUUACGUGCUUAUUGUCAUACAAGAUGUCUUAUUCAUAUGAAAGGACUUCAUUAUAGUGUCUGUGGCAUAAACCUGAUCUCACAUCUUAUUAUUAAGGGAAAUGCAGUCACAGUUUGAUUUUCUGUUGAGUUAUUUUGAACCUAAGUUUGUGUUUACAUGAAAAAUCAUCUUUUGGCAUAAACAAUAAACAUUAAAUGUGAGGAGGCGCGCACAUCCAAACACUAGCAGGUGCCAAUAUAGAACAAUAAACCUAACAUUUCACUUAAGUAUAAAAUAAAACACAAAUUAUGUUAAAAGUAGGGCUGGGCUGAUAUCACCUUCUCAUGUCUAAUACCGAUGUCGAUACCACAACCUUGAGUAUCUGUCGAUACCGAUCCAAUAUCAUCUCUAUUGCCCUUUUAAUCAAUUAAGCUGCAAAUAACACAUUUAUUAGCCGUACAAAAAUCUUAAACAGAGCUACAGAACUCAAUUUUUUUACUGUGCAACAAAUGACUUUGCAAAUUCGAGAAUCAAUGAAACAUUGUGCAAUAUUGCUGCUUCAUUUUUAUUUAAAUGUUUCAAACAGACUAGCAACAUUUUUAGUUAGUCAGCAUAACAACUUUGGACAAUUUAAAGUGCAACUUUGUGCAAAUUCAUGUUGCUCAGCAAGUCGCCCUUUACCCCAAGUUGCCAUGACAAGGUCUGUGUUGGUAUUGGAUCGGAUUGUACUGCCCAGCCUAUUCGAUCCGGCCAUUUCGCCAAUAUCGGGCUAAUAUAGAUACAAAUAUCGUAUCGGCCCACCCCUAGUUAAAAGUAACACGAAAUGUGUUGUUCCAAUAAUAGCAAAGAGCUGUGUGUAUUUUGGUACAACGCAUUUACUGAUUGUGUUGUUUUUAACAUCCAUUUUAGGAGUGUAGCUAAGAGGCGUCUUAAAGGGACAGUUCACAUAAAAAAUGAAAAUUCUGUCAUCAUUUACUAACCUCAUGUUAGUAAAAAAAGAACUAAUUAAUGCAGGUUUAGAUCAACAUGAGGAGGAGAAAAUGAUGACAGAAUUUUCAUUUUUGUGUGAACUAUGUAAGGUGUAGAUUUUGGCAAAGCUCAGCACCUCCGCAAACUUCCAAGAUGACUUUAAAUGAUUUAAAAUCAUAUCUAUCUAUACAUUUAUAUUCAGACUCAAUGCAGUUUAAGUUCAACUGCAAUAAAACUGUUUUUCCGCAUGUACUGUAAGGUAAACAUCUGUCGUGCAAACAAACAAACAAACGAAUGUCAUUCCUUUCAACAGCUUUUGUUCUCUGAUUAAACUAAAAACAGUUUGUAAGAAAUAUAAAACGUUACUGUCUUUACUAUCAAGCGUGUAUUGUAUUUGGCUUUAAUCUUUGCUUUAAACAUUUGAAAGCGUUUUAUUAUAGAAAUGCUAAAGACAUCCAGUGUGAAAAUCCCCAAGCCGCUGUUUUUCUUCUUCAUGUAAGAAGCCCCUACGGCCAACACAACAACAACAACAGAUGUGUUCUCUGUUAACGUGUGACACUUCAACUAUGUGUGACUAGUCACAUUUCAGUCUUGCCACCCUCAAUUAACACAUUAUGAAGCCUGACAAAUAACCUAAGGACUGGAUAUAAAGGUUUAGUUCUUUAGUAGAAAUGAAUUAUGGGAAGUAUUUUGUUUUGACAAAUCUGUUUUUGUUACGUAAAAGCUGAAAUUAAAAACCAAGCUGCUUCUUGUGUGAAAUCAUCUUUUGAAACAUCUCAUUGUUCCAUCCAUUCAGGGAUGUGUAUAAUAUCUUUUAUUAUGAAUGAUUUCAUAUGCAGCCCAUGUAUCUGUGUGGAUCAUCGUGAAGGUGUUCAUGUAUGUACAUCUGAAUAAACUUUAGAAACACAAACACGCUUUGA